AUGACUUCCAACAACUAUCCCUCCCAGAACGGGUUCGGCAACACGGGCGGACUUGCUUCGCGACGUGGUGGCCAGAACAUCAAGCCCCUGUCUUUCGAUGCCUUGGGCACCAGUAAGGCUGACGACAAGGAAAACGUGGUUCCCACGCCGCGCACCAGCCGUUCUCACCUUCUCGACCGCCUGCGGACCGCGCCUAAGUCGGCGACGGCCUCGUCCUUUGGUCCCAUGUCACCGACCGGCGGCUCCGUUCCCACGCAGCAGUAUGCCAGGAGCAACUUGGCUGCCAAUGUCCACGGGCUUGGCCAGGACAACAUCUACAACGCGCCCAAGACGGCCUUCCCGCAGUACGGUCAGCAAAACCAGCAGCGCCAGCAGAACAACAAUGUGCAGUACAUGAUGGGCCAGCAGUAUGCGGCUGAGCAGGUGCUCGCCCCUCCCGAGCUCACGGUAGAGGAGCAAGUCCAAGAGGGCAUGGAUCCCAAUCUCUAUGCACAACUGGUGGCCACCAACAUGUACCUCGCUCAGCAGCAGCAGCGGUUGCAGCAGCAGCUACGUAACGUGCAGGCCGCCGCCCAACAGUUCCAGCACAUGAACCUGAACAACUCGCAGCUCGCUCAGCAGCAGAUGGCCAUCUACGAGCAGCAGCAGCAGUUGCGCAAUUUGCAGCAGCAACUUGGAGCUCAGGCUGCCAUGACCCAGCAGCCGCAGCGCCAAUCCCAGCAACAGCAGCAGCAGUUUUACUACAACCCCAUGACGGGACAGUAUUUUGUCGACACCUCUGCGCAGCAAGGAGGCUCGCCCUACAACGAGCAGCCCAUGACCCCUGGCGGUUUCAGCGUCUAUCAGCAACAGCACGCCCAGCAGUACGGUUCGCAGGUGCAGACGCCCCGCGUACAGGUCUCUCCUCCUCCCGAGAACCAGCCGCAGCAGCAAACCUUCCGCAGCAACUCGCCUCCCAAGCGAUUCGAUUCCCCUGGCGAGACUCAACCCUUGCCGCCACCGUCCGCAAACGCCUUCCGCCGUGGCCACAAGAAGGCUUCGUCGCUGGCGCCUGUCAACGCCGCGCUGGCUGCCUCAGCUGGCGCGGAUGGCGUCCUGCCCUCUGCUGGGCCGAAGACGGCUGCUUUCCCCAUGACCCCUGGCGGCUAUGGACCGGGUCAGAGCCGCGCCGGCGAGCACCCGAUUCGUCAGCCUCGUGGCCCGCCCCCCAUGGACGAGCUCAAGCUCAAGCCCACAGCCAAGCACGAAGGCAGCAAGAACUUUGCGACUCGCACCCGACGAUCGGCCGUUCACAACCUCGUCCGCGCUGGACUUGAGCGACGCAAGGGCACGGGCAGCUCGGCCGGUAGCAUGAGCCCGGUGUCCGAGACCGCGGAAGAAUCGACGACACCCAUCACCGACAAUGAUUCUGAGUCUGGGCGUAGCGGCUCUGGCAGUCUCGCCGGUGAGGAGGACUGCUCGGUGGCACGCAAGGUGGCGGGUGGAAGCUGGGGAGCCAUUGGAUCCGAUAGGCCCGGAUCGCGCCAGCGCGCACGUCGCCAUGCCAGUGACAGCGACCUGUCGACGGCCAGCAGCGAUACCGGCUCGUUCGCCAACGUCUUCAAGAACGGUGCUCUGCGAGCAUCGCAAAAGGCCCAGGAGGCGAACGGAGACCAGCGCAGGGCCCCUCGGCUGGUGCUGACGAGCGCGGAGAAGCGCCGCAUGACUCCCCUUGUGUAA